GGCGAGUGGCGCUGUGCGCACUCGGAGUGGGGGAAGGGCCGGUGUGGCGGCGGCGGCGCUGGGGCGCGAGAGCUGCGUUCCGUGCAGUCGGGCCCAGUGAGGCGGCUGCUGCUGUGAUUCUGGGGUUCGCGAUGGCUUCUUUUCCCGGCUUGGUAGCCCCGGCGCGGUCCAUCGAUGGCGGCGGCUGUACGGUGCAUUGGUUCCGCCGGGGCCUGCGGCUCCACGAUAACCCUGCGCUGCAGGCGGCUGUCCGGGAGGGCGUCUCCGUGCGCUGCAUCUAUAUCCUGGACCCCUGGUUCGCGGCCUCCUCGGCUGUGGGCAUCAACCGCUGGCGGUUCUUGCUCCAGUCCCUGGAAGACUUGGACAACAGUUUAAGAAAACUCAACUCUCGCUUAUUUGUAGUCCGAGGCCAGCCCACUGAUGUAUUUCCAAGACUCUUUAAAGAAUGGGGGGUAACUCGUCUUACCUUUGAAUAUGACUCAGAACCAUUUGGGAAAGAAAGAGAUGCUGCUAUAGCAAAGUUGGCUAAAGAAGCUGGUGUGGAAGUCAUGACAGAAAAUUCUCACACUCUUUAUGACUUGGACAGGAUAAUUGAACUGAAUGGGCACAAGCCUCCUCUUACAUACAAGCGUUUCCAGGCCAUCAUUAGUCGUAUGGAACUUCCCAGAAAGCCAGUUGCUGCCAUAACAAGCAAUCAGAUGGAAAAAUGUAAGACAGAGAUCCAGGAAAAUCAUGAUGAGGCAUAUGGGGUUCCAUCCUUGGAGGAGCUAGGUUUCCCCUCUGAUGGCCUCUCCUCUGCCAUUUGGCAGGGAGGGGAGACAGAAGCUUUAACUCGUCUGGAUAAGCAUCUGGAAAGAAAGGCAUGGGUUGCAAAUUAUGAAAGGCCAAGGAUGAAUGCUAAAUCAUUGCUGGCAAGUCCCACUGGGCUCAGCCCCUACCUUCGUUUUGGCUGCUUAUCCUGUCGCUUAUUCUAUUAUCGUCUCUGGGAACUAUACAAAAAGGUGAAGCGGAAUAAUACUCCUCCACUAUCACUAUACGGCCAGUUGCUCUGGAGAGAAUUCUUCUAUACAGCUGCAACAAACAAUCCCAAAUUUGAUCAUAUGGAGGGAAACCCUAUCUGCAUCCAGAUCCCAUGGGACAGGAAUCCUGAAGCUUUGGCAAAGUGGGCAGAAGGCAAGACGGGAUUUCCCUGGAUUGAUGCCAUUAUGACACAGUUGAGACAGGAAGGUUGGAUUCAUCAUCUGGCUCGGCAUGCUGUGGCUUGCUUUCUGACCAGAGGGGAUCUGUGGAUCAGCUGGGAGGCUGGCGUGAAGGUAUUUGAUGAGCUGCUGCUGGAUGCCGAUUUCAGUGUGAAUGCAGGCAGCUGGAUGUGGCUUUCGUGUAGUGCUUUCUUCCAACAGUUCUUUCACUGCUAUUGUCCUGUUGGCUUUGGGCGUCGUACAGAUCCUAGUGGUGACUUUAUCAGACAAUACCUGCCGAAACUGAAAGGCUUUCCCUCACGUUAUAUCUAUGAGCCCUGGAAUGCCCCUGAGUCAGUGCAGAAGGCAGCAAAAUGUAUCAUUGGUAUAGACUAUCCCAAACCCAUGGUGAAUCAUGCAGAAACCAGUCGUCUGAACAUUGAGCGCAUGAAACAGAUUUACCAGCAGCUGUCACGCUAUAGAGGCCUCUGUUUAUUGGCUUCUGUCCCUUCCUGCAUGGAAGACCUCAGCAGCCCAGUCACAGACCCAUCUCAGGGACAGGGAAGCAGUACUAGUACAUUGCCAAGACAGUCCUACUUGGGCCGUACUUCUCCAAAACGGAAACAUGAGACUGUAGGUGAACACAGUGAAGAACUGUACAAACGAGCCAGGGUAACAGCUUUGCAAAUCUCAGAGAAUCCACACCAAGGACUUGAGAAUACAGAGGUGGGAGAGUGCAAGACAACAUCCAUCUGCUAGAGUGGCCUCUGCAGUAGCAGAGUAGCAUUCGCUGCUGGAAGGACCAGAAUGUUGGCCAACUUCAUUGAUCAAGUCUCUGUAUGGAUGCGUAACCCAGAUGGCUGUCACGCAAGAAUCCUGCAAUCCCAGUGUAAAGUGCAGUGAGCAAGGUUCAUCCAUAAACAAAAGUCCCGGGAGCAAAUAUGUGACUUUACUGAGGUUUGAAUCUGCUAAGACAGGACGUUAGGGGAUGGAACUUGCUCAUUCCAAAGUAUAUUCCAUUUACCUCAUGGACUGAUCCACUCAUUGCUCCUUUUAGAGCGUCAUUUACUAAGCGUUCACUCUCUGCUGUUGAUUAGUAGGUAAUGAUAUGAACCGUGCAAAAUAUAUCAUGGUGCUCACCAUGGUUCCAAAUCCUGCUGCACCUGUUAAAACACUCCAGAUAUAGAGUCUCUUGAAAAUCAGAUAGGAGAAACGUCAUGCAUUGGAUGAGAACUUCAACAAAAAAUGUGUAGACUACCUUAAGGGUUAUUUGAGGGAUUCUAAAGAGUCUGCAUAGUAAUGACCAUUUUUGCCAGAUGAUAGUAAGGUUGGUGGAGGGCUAGAAUGGAAAUAAUGAUUUCCUGUGGGCAGGGCUGUCUCUGCACUGCAAUUAAAGAAAACUAAAAAUCCUGCAGAAUAUAACUGCCACAAAACUCAACUUCCAUGAAAUUGCCUCUGCUUUUUUUAAUAUCAAAAAGAAGGCUUGAAUAUUUAUGUAUAACGUUUGGUGAAAUUUCAGAAACCAGAGCAGUUAUUGAAUAAGAUUUCCUAUUAUCAAAAGGCAUGGCUUCGGUGCCAUAUGUAGCUCUUUCCUCCUACCAAAACUUGCAGAAGCAAAAUAAAUUAUACAAAAUAAGAGAGAGAACCUGAUUUGCGAACUCUGCUUUGUUCCAAAAUUUGAAUUAUUAGGCAAAGUAAUACUUGUCGAACAAAAAUAUAUUUCAGUCUUUCCUGUAUGUGAAUUUUCUUCUUACAUGUGUGUUCUUCAGAAAGAAAGAAGACUAUUUCUUGUUGAGAAAAGUCUCAUCUGCUCAUAGCAGUUUGGCAUUUUCCCCUUUUUUGUAGGAAGCUUCUGCUAUGGAUUGAACUAAAUCCACUGUAAUGAUUUAUAUAGGGGGACAGUAUCACUUCUUUCCCAUGAAUAGAAUUUUUUUUACAGCACUGUUCUUGUGCUGCUCUGUUUUCACAACAAUAGUUUGCAGUGAGUUUGCAAUAUUUAAUAUUUAAAUAUUUAAAUAUAAGUUUGCAAUAUUUAAUAUUUAAAUAUUCCCAGAUUGUGUGCCCUGCAUUGCAUUCCUCAUAUUGAUCGUACUGAGCAUUUGGAAUUCUAACCAGACAACUUCAUGGUUCCUUCAGAUUAUUGAUCAUGUGUCAUCAGUUGAUUUCAGUUAGCCUUGGAGGGAUUGCUGGCUCGCUCUCUCUCUCUCUGCACCACAUCAGUGGGAAAUGCCAUGUUUUCCAAGAUCUUGAGAAGAAUGUUUCAUGUAGCUGGUAUCACUCAGUGAAUGAGCUAUCCAAAGUAAAGUUCUGUGAAGCACUUUGUGUUAGCAAAUUCCAAGAAGCUACUCACAGAUGCAGUGACGUUUCUUGGCAAUAUAGAUCUGGAACAUUGCUUGAUGGCCUGCUCCAUUGUAAUGGGAACAUUGAUUCUUACCUGAAGCAGGGAUCUGGGCUUUGGACUGGAGAACACUGGUAAGGAGAAAAAUGGACUUCAUGAUCCCUGAAACUAUGCAGUCAUGGGAGAAGUCAUACAAUUUUAUAAGAUGUAUCACUGUGAUUUCCUUUGAAAUGUGAUGUUGAAAGAGAGUAUUACGGAUACGUUGGACUGCCAAAAAAAUGGGUUCUUGAUCAAAUCAAACUUGAGCUGUCCCUAGAAGCUAAAAUUAUUAAACUGAAAUUGUCAUAUUAGCACGAUACAAUGAGAAGAAAAGUCACUGGAAAAAACAGUUAUGCUAGGAAAGGUUGAAGGCAGCAGGAAAAGGAAGACCCAACAUGAGAUGGAUUGAUUCUAUAAAGAAAGACACAACCCUCAGUUUGUGUGCCCUGAUCAAGGCUGUUAACGAUGGAACUUUUGGAGAAUAUUGACUCAUAGCGUUGCCAUGUGACCGAAGCGACUUCAGCACUUAGCGCGCACACCACUGUAAUUAGGUGGUAUUUGAAAAAUGACUAGUAAACUCUUCUCUGAAAAGAAGUAACAACUAGUAAUGUUUCUCUGUUGGCCCGCUUUCUUAACUAUUAUGCCCAAUUCCUUACUAGAGAAAGCUAUAUAUAAUCCAUUUUAUCUAAUUGUCUCCAUCUAAAUUUUCAACUUUAAAUGGUACAGGAGAAGAAUUCAGCCCUAUUUGGUACUGCUGAGUGGGAAAGAAAUUCUCUUUCUAUACUUCAGAAACUGACUUCUGUUCCUUGAAAUGUUCUCCAGCUUUGACAGUUGUUGUGUUUAUUGAUUUAUUUUAUAAACAUCCUUAUUUCCCAUGUGUUGUAUGUCAGUUAAUUGUAACAAAUCCAGCAUAUUUGAAAUGUGUUGGACCACCUGAAAGACCAAUAAUUAUUCUAGAGCAAAUCAAGCCUGAACUCUACCUACAUGCUAAAAUGACUACACUGAUGCUAUUGCACUGUGGUCACACAUUGAGAAGAUAAGACUCACUGGAAAAGACGGUAAUGCUAGAAAAACUGGAAUGCAGAAGGAAAAGUGGAAGACCCAGCAUGUAAAGGAUCAAAUCAACAAUGGAAGCCAUGGGCUUCUGUUUGCAACAUUUGAGCAAGGCUACUAAUGAAUGGAUUCUUCAGAAAUUAAUUUAUAGGGUUGCCACCCCAGCAUAUCCAAGCAGGUUAUUGUGUAUUUGUUGUACCUGUGCUGCACAGUUCUAGAAAAAUACACCCUUUACCUUAUUUAAAGACUGUCAGCAAAGAUCAUAUAUAUAUCAGGUUGCAAGUUUUGCCCUUAAUUAGUACAGUAGCAGAAAAAGAAGAAUUAUUGUGGAAAGGAUGACAUAAGGUUUAGAAAAUAUGUUUCAUUUGUUCCAGUCACAUACAACAAGGCUCAAUAAUGUAGGAAUGAUAUUGCUAACAGUUGCACAUACUUGUUCUAGUCUGAGUUUUAAAAAAUCAACUUUCAUUUAUAAAAGAGUAGAGGUUUAAAUCACUAUUUGUGUUUUAAAUGUUAUUUAUUGUAUGGUAUCUUUUUUCUUUAUAUGUUGGAAGCCAUCCUGAACCCGUGAGGGGAAGAAUGACAUACUAAAUAAAUCAAUAUCUAACUCUUGAUGUAAGGAGAAGCUUGAAAAUGAGGAGCCCUUGAAAGAAUCCCUGGGAAAGAAAUGUACAACAUAUAAUCCCUACUCUUUUGCUCAGUUCCCCUACUUCCUAUCCCAUACUUCAUGCAUAUAUAGCUUUAAGAGUAUGGCUUAACUCUUUCAAUAUGGGGGGGGUGCUGUUUGCCUCAGGGGGUUCUGCUGUACAUCCAUAGAAGAUAUUUUACAAACAGGUUGAGUAGACUGACUUAGAUUAGUCAUUGAAACUCUAGGGGAUGCAGAUACAAAUGAAGGUGAUAAAACAAUUGAGUGGUUGUUUAGAAUAAUAGGAAUUAUACUAGGGAUGUAAGUUUCAUUGAAUAAAGUAACAUUAAGCUCA